CGCCCCGCGCUUUUGCUUCCCGAGAGCCCUCAAGGCAGCCCCCCUUGGCUCCCUCUCCAGAGACGCUCCGGGCGGCCCCUUGUGGCAGACGAUACCCGGGGCCCCACCUGGCUCCUUGCUGGCCCCGCCCUCGGGCCUGCCUGGCGGGGCUUGGUGGUGUUGCUCUGAGGACUCUGACGGGGACCACAUCUGGGCCCAUGUUUUCAGUUAAAUUCUCCUCAUAAUCAGAAGGUGAAAAAAUGCUCCAGUGGACCUGGAAAUGAUGCAAGUAGACUUCGGAUGCGUGUCUCUUUAACAGCCACAGUUGGGAUUGCAAUUCCAUUGCUAAGCAGUGUGGUCGCUAAGCAAGACAUCACUUGACCACAACUUGUGAUUUUUCCAACUCGGUGUCUUUGCAUGCCAGAAGCCUGUUGCCAGAUGGUGAUCAUGUGACCGUGGGAUGAUGUGUUGGUCAUAAGUGCAAGGACCGGUUGUAAAGUUACGUCUUCAGUGAUGUCACAACUUCAGAUGGUCACUUAACAGUCAACAUCAUAGUUGUUAAGUGAGAACCACAUGUUAUUUGGCAGUUGUGAUUCUCCGGGGUGAGAGAAGGAUGCCCGUAGCUGCCUUUUGGCUUCCUUCGGAAUGAAAUUUUGCCUGGGAUGGAGAUGCCUGGGCUUCCUGCCAGCGUGGAUGGAGAUGCCUGGGCUUCUGGCUGGACUUUGGGCAAGGCCAGAGAAUUGGUGGCUCCCUGGUGUCAAGCUUGGUGCUGUGCCCGCACUAGAAGGCACGAGCUCACAGCUUCCUUUCCUCUCUCCUUCCUGCAGGUGCUGCAGCUCAGCUGGAUGGUGCAAGGCAUGGAACGUUUUGCCAGCUCCGGGACCCAGACGGAGGCAGUGGUGGUGCUGUCGCUGGCCCAAGCUGCUGUCCUGGGUCUGGUGUCCGAAAAUGAGUUCCUGGGAGGCACGGUCAAUCCAGACAGUAUUUUCUCCAGUUUGGCAGGAAAACUGGAUGACGACGCAGCAGCCGCUGAACUGAAACAGCCCGAAGGCAGCAGCCCGGCUGGUCCAUCCCAGGGGGAGCCCCUUGAGGAAGAGGAAGGGCCGGAGGCGGAAGCCUCCUUUGGGAAACAGGCCCGGAGGAGGAAGCGGCCCCCUGUGCGCCUGGUGCCGAAGGUGAAGCACGAGAGGGGCGAGAUGGAGGAGGAGGAGGAGGGGAGCCCCGAAGCACCUGCUGGUGGCCCUGAAGAGCAGGGGGAGAGCAGCAACCUGGAGGAGCCGUGUUCUGAGCCAACCAGACAGAGCGGCACCAGCAGGAUGGCAAGCCUCGGCCCCUUCAGCAGGCGGUCUCAGCCACCGCGAAGGCCCCCGCAGCAAGAGCACUCCUUGGGGGCCUAUGAGGAAAGGUUCCCCAGCCCACCCCAAGCUGGCCUGGACAGGGCAGAAGCCUUUCCCAGCGGCUGCAGUUUCCCACCGGGCCUGCCGUCCCUGAGUGGCAUGGAGAACCAGCUGCCGGCCUCUCCCCCAGAGCAAGGCAAGAGUGGGGCAGGCUUUGCCUGGCAGGAGCCCCUGGACUUUGAGCCGGAGGUCCCCGGCGAGCACAGCAAGAAGGUGCACAUGGACCGCCUGGACAUCAAUGUCCAGAUUGACGAUUCUUACCUGGUAGAGAAGCGUUGGCAGUGCCGCCUGUGCGAGAAGUCCUAUACCUCCAAGUACAACCUGGUGACCCACAUCCUGGGGCACAAUGGCAUCAAGCCGCACUCCUGCCCACACUGCAGCAAACUCUUCAAGCAGCCCAGCCACCUGCAGACCCACCUGCUCACCCACCAGGGCACACGGCCCCACAAGUGCCAGGUGUGCCACAAGGCCUUCACCCAGACUAGCCACCUCAAGCGCCACAUGCUGCUGCACUCGGAUGUCAAGCCCUAUAGCUGCCGCUUUUGUGGCCGUGGCUUUGCCUAUCCCAGCGAGCUCAAGGCCCACGAGGGGAAGCACGAGAGCGGCCGCUGCCACGUGUGUGUGGAAUGUGGCCUGGACUUCUCCACUCUCACCCAGCUCAAGCGCCACCUGGCCACGCACCAGGGGCCCACGCUGUACCCGUGUCCCGAGUGCAACAAGUCCUUCCACUACCGCAGCCAGCUGCAGAACCACACCCUCAAACACCAGAACGUGCGGCCCUUCGUCUGCACCGAGUGCGGCAUGGAGUUCAGCCAGAUCCACCACCUUAAGCAGCACUCGCUCACCCACAAGGGCGUGAAGGAGUUCAAGUGCGAGGUAUGUGGGCGAGAGUUCACGCUGCAGGCCAACAUGAAGCGGCACAUGUUGAUCCACACCAGCGUGCGCCCCUAUCAAUGCCACAUCUGCUUCAAGACCUUUGUGCAGAAGCAGACCCUCAAGACCCACAUGAUCGUGCAUUCGCCUGUCAAGCCCUUCAAGUGCAAGGUGUGUGGGAAGUCCUUCAACCGCAUGUACAACCUCCUGGGCCACAUGCACCUGCAUGCCGGCAGCAAGCCCUUCAAGUGCCCUUACUGCUCCAGCAAAUUCAACCUGAAGGGGAACCUCAGUCGGCACAUGAAAGUCAAGCAUGGCGUGAUGGACCUCAACCUGGACAGCCAAGACCCCAUGCUGGAGUUGGCAGGCACCAAUCCCUCAGAACUGGACGGGCAGCAGGAGAUGGACGACUAUGAGGAAAACGCCUACGACUACGGAGCAGUGGGGAAUGCCAGUGGUGGGUCUGCUUUGGCAGAACAGACCAUGAAGGAGAUCGCCUACUACAACAUGCUAUAGUUGGACCGGGAGGGGCCUGGUUAAGGGGGGGGGGGGGGAUCCCCCCCCCCCAUAAAGCAGGGCUUGGGCUGCACGGAACAGGAGAGCACAGGGAGGACCGUGCUGGAUCUGCAGCUCUUGCUCCAUUACAGCCUCUGUGGCCCUCCCAAGCCGCCUCUUGACCAGGUGUGGCUCUGCUGGUUGGUGGUCCCUAGCUGGGGUGCCGGCCUUGCGGGACCCCACUUGCCUUACUCUACCUCCCACACCUGGCCAGGGCGACCCUGAAGACCCACCCUGAGAGUCCUGGCUGAAGCAACUGGGGGACGGGGGUUCUUGGGAGGCUAAGCAGAUCUCCCUCAGUCUGCUUCGGGACCGGACCGCAAGCGCUCACUUCCCAGCCGUGUUGCAAUCUACCUCUGCCCUGAACUCUGAAAGAGCAGCCUGGGUCGGAAAGCCUCCCCUGAUCUGGUGGACUCCAAAGCGCCCCCCCCCCCUUACUUGGCAGAACGGUCAAGGCCCGCCCUGCACAGUCUGUGGCCGCCGUGUUCUACUCCUGGGGCGUUGCCCCUUUUGUGCAUAGAGCUACUGUGUUUAUUUUCCAGUUCUGAAGAAGUUCAGCAAUAAAUGAAUAUUGUUUGGCA